GUCGCGUUAAUGAUGGAUCACAUCUCGCGAGACUUGGUUUAAAGUUGGACGUGAUUUCGCGUUAGUAUUAGUACAGGAAUUGGAGCGGUAGGGUUUGCAGUGUGUCCCUGUGGUGAUGCGGCCCAGUCCUCAUGAACUUCUCAGAUUCCACCCCGAAGUUUGUUUCUACAGAUCUUGAAAAUUCUACAAUUCAGAAGCAAAGGAAGGAGCUACAACUAUUGAUCGCCGAGCUUAAAGAUAGAGACAAGGAGCUAAAUGAUAUGGUGUCAGCGCAUCAGAGGCAGCUGAUCGCUUGGGAGAAUGAUAGACAGCAUGUUCUCAGGCUGGAAAAUGAACUUCAAAGAAGGAAUGAAGUAAUCAGAUCAGUAACUAAAAGGAUAAAAUUACUGGAAACACAACAGCAGUAUCGAAAAACGACAUUGGAAAAUACCCAACAGCAACUUCAGGAAGUGUGUCUCAAAGCUUCAGAAGCAAACAACCAUUGUCAAGACUUGGAGGAAAAGAAUCAAAGUUUGAAUGAUUCCGUUUUGGAGUUGUCUGCCCAGGUGGGACGAUUAAAGGCCAGAGAACAGGAGCUUUCCACUUUACUGAGGCUGAAGGACAAGGAUAUUGUAGAAGCGACCAAUCACAUCUCAGAGUUCACUUCUCGAUUUAAAGACCUGGAAGCAGCAUUACGUGAGACAAGACACAGAGAAACUUCAGCUAUGAAAGAAAUGCAAGGGCUGAAGAUCAGAAUAAAAUGCUUGAAGACUGAACUUGAUAAGCUGAAAGAUGAUCUCAGCCAAAAGACUGUGGAAAACAAUGAGCAGAGGGAAGAGAGAAUUCAUCUAAAACAGGAAGGUGCUUAUCUGCAGGCUGAGCUGGUCUUUGCAGCUGAAAGAGAGAAACGUAAAGAUCAACUACUUCAAUUAGCAAAAUCAAAGCAAUACCGGACAGACAAAGAACUGCAGAACCUACGACAGAUAUACAUGAAGCAGCAGCAUGAACUGCAGUUUCUUCACCUAUCUUUGGAGAGUUACUGCGACAAAGCACAUAAGCAAGUGGAUGUGAGUUGUAAUCCUUCAGAUAUCAUUUUGGAUUCUGCUGAGAAUGAUGGAUUAGUAGCGAACCUUCAGAGCCCACCUCUUUGCAUGGAAGACCUGAAUAUGCCCUUAAUGCAGUCAACCCUUACAUACUCAGAACCUCUCAGAUGCCAGACUCAUUCCCCAACAACUAAAUUGCAAAACCUGUUGGCAAAGUCACGUCAGAUGGUUGCAGAUCUUGAACUUGGCUCGUUAAUCUCUGACCCAUGUGGCAACUCUAGCCAAAUGUAUACAACGGAAAGCGUCCUAUAUACUAACCCUCCAGAAAUCGGGAGCAGAGAAGAUAAACAGGAGAGUUUGGGCAGUUGAUGGUAACCUUAACCCUGCCUCUCAGAGGAUAAGUCGAGCAGUUUCAAUCUCGGCUGAAGUGACACAGCCUAUACCUCUUAGUUUUGGUGGAGGUCUCAGCACCUGGACUCGCACCAAUCAAGAUUUCUGACAUGUUAAUAUGACGUCGUAAGAUUUCUCAUACUAUAGGCACACUUAAAGGGGUUGUGCAGUCAAAGAUAUUAAUGACCUAUCCUCCGGAUAGAAAAGAAAGAUGAGCAGCAUAGUGGGAUAAAUCCAUAUUCAAUGUUUAAGUCACUAUGUGUGCUGCCUAACUGCCAUGUCGCUAUGUAUGCUGCGUAAAUACUAAAUAAAACACCAUUGACUGAAUUGGACGAGUGCUGCGGAUUUCUCUACAUUGCUAUCCUCAGGAUAGGUAAUCAAUAUCCGUUCAGCAAGGGUCCGACUACUGGCACCCCACUGAGCAGCAGUUUAAAGAGGUAGCAGCGCUCCUGUGGGCUUCCAUGUCAGAAUUAGGCUACUUUCACACUAGGGUUUUGGCUUUCCGUUUGUGAG